UCUCCAACGCCUACUUGUUUAAAGCUGCUCCGAAAAUCACGGAAGCAGGAAACUGCCUGGUGCAUCUGUUGCUUACUCAAGCGGUCUAGUCUUCGGUAUCGGUAAAGCACUCUCUCCCAGUCGCAGAAUGACCGAUGCGGACGAGGCAUCGUUCCGCGCCGUGCAGCUCGAGCAGGACAGCGUGGAGUCGCCGGCGCCCGGGGCGGGAGCGGGCCGACCGCGCUCAGGUGGGGCGGAUACGCCUGGCAACGAGGACGCGGGGACGAGCGAUCGGAGCGCGCACGUACAGUCCGAUCCACUGGCUCGAGGAGGGAAGAGGUCCUCUGCGGUUGAGCAGUUCAAGCUUCGGAGGUUUUUUGUCCUGCGGCUUGGGACCCUAGAUCAUGCUAUCGAGGACAUCAAAUCCCUGGUCGACCCAAAGGAAGAUGGCGCCGUCCAGAGUGUUUGGUUAAUGGCUGAAAUCGAUCACUGGAACAAUGAGAAAGAACGACUGGUGUUCAUCACAGAGAAGUCGCUCCUUCUCUGCAAGUACGACUUCAUCAUGCUCAACUGCGAGCAGAUCCAGAGAAUUCCCCUCAACCUUGUGGACCGCAUUGCAUAUGGUGCCUUCACCUUCCCCCCUCACUCCCUUCUCACGCGAGAUGGAGAGGGUGUGCGGAUCUUUUGGGACAGACUCCGGGAGCCCUCUUUCAUGUCUCGCUGGAACCCGUUCGCUUUGGACUACCCCUACACCACCCUGACCUACCACCCGGUCUACAAUGCCAAUGACAGGCUGGCCAGAAUGUGUGAGAUCCACAGCUUCAGGGAGCAGCUGGCCAUGGUGGCACAGAAGGUUCAUGCUGAAAAUCCAGUACCAGGAAAAGCCAACGGGGUUCUGGUUCUGAACCAGCCCCUUGUCAUCGAGGCCUACGUGGGGGUCAUGUCUGUCAUAGGAAACCAGAACAAGCUGGGUUACUGCUUGGCUAGGGGCAACAUCGGUUUCUGAACGGAGAUCAGCUCCGGCACCACACUCUGCUCUGACGGAGACAGAACCGGAGCCCCGAACACAAAUGAUUUGUAAUCACAUGGACAAUUGAAGAUCAUUAUGCUAGUUUUGAAAUGAUUUUAUCAUUUUGUUUGGAAUUUUUUGAUUACAUUGGUGGAUACUUUGUUUAGGUUUCUGGACACAAGGUGCUUUAAGAUCUCACAUAAUAAAAGCAGUGUGAUUACUGACACCUUUAAAUUGUGUCAUUAUCCACUUCAGUGUGAAUAAGGUUAUUGUUAAGCUGUGUGCUUUUUGAUUUUUUUGUUGAAAUAAGUGUUUUUUUUUAUUUCUUUUUAUUUUGUCAUCAGAAUGUUCUUUAUAAUCAGUCUGACUUUCAUACGCUGUCAUUUCCUUGACAUGACUCAUUGCACAAGACAACUGUAACAUCUCUUCUCAACCCGUCCGCAAGAAGGUUUCUAAAAAUCCCGACUGUCCAUGUCGUCACUGGCCCUUUUGCGCCGUGCUCUACCAUCAGCGGCAGCCGCAGGUUGAAUCCCUCGCGAGUGUGACGGGGGCCCGUGGACGGGGAGUCUUUAUGAUGGCAGUUUAUUACUCACGUUCCAGCAUCUUCCCAUUUCUUCUCCACUAUAACCGCUCUGUCAACAAGCCCCCCCACCCCAGGCCAUGCUCCAUACAAGCGCUCUGAAGCGUGGAGGUGCGCAUGUCAUAUUUGUUUGAUGGUUUGCUGUGUGUUAGAACAGUUGAGCGCUGGAAUUCCCCCGAAUCUGAAACUGCAGCUUGCUGUCGGCACAGCACAGUUGCCUCCCUGAAGAGGCCACGUUAAGUAAAGUCCUCCUCAGUGUGGACACACAGCUUAGGGAGUCAUAGUCUUGGUUUUUUAUUUGUUAGCGGUGCUGAUUGUGACUCUUAAAAAUUUUUAAAUGUUUUCUAAUAAUGCUUUUAACGCUUAUAUGGGCAUGGUGUUCUUGUUCAAGCCAUACAUAUCAUUUUAUUAAAAUAAUGGUGUAUCAUU